CUCUCUCUCUUCUUUUUCAGCCUGCAUACAUACAUCCAAUUAACCGUUUCAUCUGAAAAUCAAUACGAUCCAAAUCGAUUUCGAUUUCAGGAGGAUCAUGGUUCUGACUCGAUCGUCCUACUCCAGACUGGGCACCCCACUGGCCUCGCCACUCAGCAACCCAAACAAACCACUCAGCAACAGCCAGCAGCAGCAGCAGCAGCACUCCCAGCGGAAGAAGAAGAGGAACAGUAUCCAGUCAACAGCAUCCUCAGCAGAAACACCACUCACCCCAAACCAACUCAAGUUCGGAUUCGAGCUCAUCGACAGACUCACAGCACAACAAUCAGAUACCCCACCACCAAACCCAGAACUGGACUCAAGCCAACUCUACCAAACACCAGCACCACCCAACCACCACCAUCAUCAUCCUGGGGAUCUAUCUCACACAGACUCAGAGCUCCCAGCCACCCAACCAUGCUCGAUCAUCGACAUCGAUCUCUCCACACUAGACAGCCCUCCUCAACACAACCCAGACCAUCCUAAUCACCACCAACUCACAUUCUCAUCAUCCACCCUCCUCAACCUCUCUCAAUCAUCUUCCACCUUAGAACCCAACAACUCUUUCCAGCUCCUCCAGUCCUCGCUCCCGCUCUCACCGAUCAUCGAACCCACCCCUGAUCCGCUAUCGCUAUCUCAGCCUUCAGUGGAAGAACUCUCUCCACUCGAUCAAAAUACAUCCAAUACUCUUCCUCUGGCCAAUAUGCUCCAUCAACCACCUCCUCCUCAGUCACAAAAUGAUAACCAUCAAGCUGAAAAAGCACAUCAAAUCAAAACGAUCCCGAACAUCGAGAUCAAUUCUGCUGCUAAUCCGAUCGAGAUUGACGAUUUAAUCGAGAUUCCUAAACCAAAUGAGACCCCAGAAGAUCAAAUACCAACACCCAAAACAACACAGUCUACUACGAAUCUUGAGAUCAUGGAGAAGAAUGAACACGAGAAAUCAACAGACCAGAGUAACCUGACGAGAGAAGAACCAAGCUACAAAGACCAAAAGACGACAGAUGAUAGCCAUGAGAUUUGCUCGAUACCAGAACAAAAGUCGGCUAAUGAUGUCGAAGAGAAGCCCAAUGAAGAGCAGGUCGAGACCCAGAAUUCUCCUCCUGAUCCGCCGACAGAUCCUGCGAGCCUCCCCACCCUCGAGCUCACCCAACAGGACCCUUCUUCUGGUCUCGACCUUCAUGCUGGCGGUGACUCUGGUCAAUCUAUCCCCCACACAAUCGAAACCGAUCACCUACUUCAUCUCGAUAUUCCCUCUUCUGCUGCUUCUUCGAAUUUGAACCCAGAUCCAAUUUCACAAGAUUCAUCCGACCCAAAAGACUCAUCCAAUCCCAAAGAUUCAUCUAAUUCAAAAGACUCAUCCACUCCAAAAGAUUCAUCUAAUCCGAAAGAUUCAUCAGAUUCAGAAGACGAAGUGGACACUCACGAAAAUCACGAAUCAAAUUCAGAAUCAAGUCCAGACACUUCAGAAACAUCUGAAGACGAAGACGAAGAAGAUUCCAAAGUGCUAGAACUACUAAAAAGAGCGAAAGAGAAAGCCCGGCUGCUUGAUUCCAAGGCGACCCCAACACCAACAACGACUGGAGUUUCGCUGACAUCGACCAGCCAAGAAGAAGGGGGCAGCGAUUGCGGAAGCUCAGUGACCUUACAAAACAUGAUCCGAUUAGAGGAAGAAGAAGAAGAGGCCGGAGCAGCCGGGCACUUGAAAGCCGCAGGCCUCCAUCGUCCUUUACGCUCCGCCACCCUCCCUCGUCCUUCUUCUUCUUCGUCUUUUUCUCUGAAACCGUCGAAGAAGGAGAAUCGGACGGUGCCGCUCCCGGACAAUCUCGAGCGGGUCCAGAAGCUCAAAGAGCACUCUCUCGGCAUGUCUUCUUCUUUGGGUAAUAAAAAGGAUGGGCUAGCAAAGCUUCAGUGGCAUGACUUACCCACCCAACCUCUGACUAGAGAAACUAAACUCGAAAUCCAAGCUAUGAGGUUACAUCGCACUUUGGAUCCCAAGAAGUUUAUCAAAGGAGGGAUUGAGAAGGCGCUCAAAGAGCCUAUCCCUGAGAAGUUCUUGUUUGGCCAUCUCGUUGAGGGCUCUUCUUCUUCUGUCACUCCUACUCACCAUUCUUCUUCGACUAAGAAACGUAGCUUUGUUGAUAGUUUGGUGAGUGAUCAGCACGGGUUGGGGUGGAUCAAAAACCAGUACGAAGGGCUCCAAAAAUCUAAGUUUAGUAAUAACAACUUUAAUCGGUCUAAAAAAUUUAAACGAUAGAUCAUUUCUCAAUGUGGUCUGUUUACACAUAUCACUUAAUUGUAUUUACCAAAAAAAAUGUGAAGAGUUACCCUUUUUACAUCACCUUCACAGAACAAAAAAAAACUAUUUACAUUUACAUUUAUGAUUUGCUUCUUUCUUCUUAUUCCCCCUCAAAAUCCAAAACAAAAAAAACGAAAAGAAAUUGUAGACCUUCCUAUCAGAUAUAUCUCACUUGAUGUCUUUCAGUAAUGAUCCUUUUAUGAGCUCUGUG